AGAACGUUUUCUGUGAUGUCGACUUUCUCUCUGCGGGUCUCGGAAGAAGGAAAACGUACAGCCAUUUAAAUUGUGACACCAACCAGAAGUGAGGAAGGCAUUCAGUUAAAUAUUGGUUGAUAAUGGCAGACUCAGGAUCUGGCCGUGGAGGCUUCCGGGGAGGUUUUGGUACCCGAGGACGUGGUCGUGGAAGAGGUCGCGGUCGUGGGAGAGGACGUGGCCGUGGAAAGGAAAAUGAAAAGGAGUGGGUUCCAAUCACCAAACUAGGCAGGCUGGUAAAGGAUGCCAAGAUCAGGAGUCUGGAAGAGAUUUACCUCUUCUCCUUUGAGAUCAUUGACUUCUUCCUUGGCUCUCAACUCAAAGAUGAGGUACUGAAGAUCAUGCCUGUUCAGAAACAGACACGUGCUGGUCAGCGCACCCGUUUUAAGGCAUUUGUUGCCAUUGGAGAUUUCAAUGGCCACAUAGGUUUGGGUGUCAAGUGCAGCAAGGAAGUGGCAACUGCUAUCCGUGGAGCAAUCAUUCUGGCUAAGCUGUCCAUUGUCCCUGUAAGAAGAGGUUAUUGGGGUAAUAAGAUCGGUAAACCCCAUACAGUACCAUGCAAGGUGACUGGCAAAUGUGGCUCUGUAUUAGUGCGACUUAUCCCAGCUCCCCGUGGUACUGGUAUUGUCGCUGCUUCUGUGCCCAAGAAGUUGCUACAGAUGGCAGGUAUUGAAGAUUGCUACACAAGUGCAAGAGGCCAGACUGCUACCCUGGGUAACUUUGCUAAAGCAACCUACGCUGCCAUUGCAAAGACAUACGCUUAUCUGACACCUGAUUUGUGGAAGGAAACGGUCUUCACCAAGUCUCCAUACCAGGAGUUCACUGACUACCUGGCCAAAUACCAUAAGAUCAGCUCAGAACAGAGACAAGAGACCAAGUUGUAUUAAUCCUGAAGCAAAUAUAUGUGGUUCAUGUGA